AUGGCUGUAGAAAAAUUAUACAUCUCUUACAACAAUGUUCAUAAGCUUUGUCAGAGGGCAGCAGAAGAAUUGAAAAAAGGCGGUAAGCCAAUCGAUUUAAUUAUCGCAAUUGGUGGUGGUGGUUUCAUCCCAGCGAGAAUCUUAAGAUCUUUUAUAAAGGAAGAAGGUAAGAAAAAUAUUCCCAUUCAAGCCAUCGGUUUAUCUUUGUAUGAACAGCUUUCUGAUGAUACUGAAGAAAGUACCAUUGGGAAGGAAGUUGUUCGUACUCAAUGGAUCGAUUUUGGUAAUUUGAAUGAGCACAUUGAUGCCCUUAUUGGAAAAAAUGUAAUUAUUGUAGAUGAAGUUGACGAUACUAGAACAACUUUGCAUUACGCCUACACGGAAUUAGAAAAGGAUGUUAGAAAAUUACAGAAGGAACUCGGCAGAGAAGAUGAAGAGACCAGAUUUUCCAUCUUUGUGCUACACAAUAAGGAAAAGCCGAAGAAGGCUGAAUUGCCUGCAGACAUGUUUAAAGAUGGUAGAUACGUUGUAGGAGAAAAUCUUGCGGACAAAUGGAUUGUGUACCCAUGGGACGCAAAGGAUAUCGAUGACCACACUGAAAAGGCUAGAGCGCAAGGUAACUAUUAG